AUGAGCGUCCGAGUCGUUGCACGUGUCCGACCCCUCCUCAAAACCGAGCGAGAAACUGAUGUUAUCGUUCGCACCGGUUCUUCUGGACCGUCCGAGGCCAAGUCGCAGCAAUCCACCAAUGGCGACCGCAAGCUGGCCGCUUUGAGGGACCGGGAUAACGUGGUGCGCAUUCCCAAUCCAAAGAAUGGGGGCGAAGAAUACACAUUCCAAUUCAGUGCUGUGUAUGAUGCCGAGGUCGCACAGCAGGAGAUGUUUGAUGCCGAGGUCGCACCCACUAUUAAGCACCUCUUCAACGGAUUCGAUAUCACCAUUUUCGCAUACGGUGUGACGGGUACUGGAAAAACACACACGAUGCGUGGUGGGAAAAGUCUUGCCGAUAGAGGUGUCAUUCCUCGUCUCCUAAGUGGCAUCUAUCGUCGCAGCCGAAAGAUUGAGAAAGAUACUGGCGGCGAAACUACGGUUCAGGUCUCUCUCAGCUAUUACGAGAUCUACAACGACAAGGUGUAUGAUUUAUUCGAGCCGCCUGAGAAGCGCACUCUGGCUGGUCUUCCGCUGCGUGAUAACGGAGGCAAGACUGUGGUCUGUGGGUUGACGGAGAAGCCCUGCACAAGCUUGAAGGAGUUCGAGGGUCUUUACGACCAGGCCAAUAACAACCGCUCCACUUCUGCGACCAAGUUGAACGCCCAUUCAUCUCGUUCGCAUGCCAUUCUCGGUGUCAAAGUCACUGUCACUUCGCCCGAAAGCACUCGCAUCAGCACCGCGUCCGCGAUUGACCUUGCAGGUUCGGAGGACAACCGCCGGACGGAGAAUGACAAGGAGCGCAUGGUCGAAUCAGCCAGCAUCAAUAAGAGUCUCUUUGUUUUGGCGCAAUGCGUCGAGGCUAUUACAAAGAAACAGCAUCGAAUCCCAUACCGCGAGUCGAAGAUGACCAGAAUUCUUUCUCUGGGACAAAACAAUGGACUGACAGUAAUGAUUCUCAACCUGGCACCCGUCCGCUCAUACCAUCUGGACACAAUCAGCUCUCUGAGUGUCGCCAAUCGCACUAGGAAGAUCGAAGUGCGCGAAGUGGAGAAUGACCCGAUCUUCAAGGGCCCGGCGAGGCCAUCGAUUCGGCCAUCGCUGGCAGCUUCUCGGCAGCCGUUGCGCCCUCUCACAGCCUCUGUCAACGUGAACAUGCCUGUUCCUGCCGCAAAAGACUCCUCGAAGAAGGAUGAGGAGAAGCCGCUCAAAGCAUUCAGCGUCUAUUCUGAUCGAGCUCAGCCGAAGCCCGUGACCCAGAUCCGGAAGCCCGAGACUAAGAGAACUUCUCUCUCCUCCGAAACACCUACUGCACGCUCAUUAAAGCCUCGUCAGAUGCUUGCUCCUCUCCAGCCUCAUUUGGGUAGCUCGGAUCUUUCUGCUGCUAGGAUCGAGGAGAUGGUUGCAAAGAAGGUCGAAGAGAUCUUGGCAGUGCGUGCAGUGAGCGAGCAGUCAAGACACACCCAGGUUCGCGAGUUGAAUGAUCAACUUCAACGGCGGCUGGAGCAAUUGGAGCAACGCAUUGAAGGAACCGAGGACGCUCGCGCUGAGGGUCUUUCCUAUCUGCUUAUGGCAAAACAGCACCAGGCACGCGGUGAGAACAGCUCUGCAUUGAGAAUGUACCAGUUGGCGCUCCCGCAUUUCCCACACAACGAGAAAUUAGCUUCCAAGAUUGCCGCCUUGAAAGAGCGCCUCGAGGGCAAGCCUCAAUUACGAUCUGUUAGUGCUGCUUCCCCUCCCUCGAAAGGCAAGCUCGGCAGCAUGCUCUCCCUAAGCAUGAAGAAAGAGCCCACCGUGACAUUGGGCAAGCGUCAAGCUGAAGAUUCUGACGAUGAGUACGUGGAUCCGCUUACCAUGGAGUAUGACGAAACUGGCUUCCUUGAUACCUCUCAUCCCAAGAAGAAGCGUGCCCCAGGCAAGGCAAUCCGCAAGAGUGAAGAUGAUCUCGCUGCUCUGGAUGAUCACCAGGAUCCCUCCCUUUCACCUCGCACUGUUCAUCUCUUGUCAAUCAUCAACUCGCGUGAUGUCAGCCAGAUCAAGCUUCUCAAGGGCGUUGGCGUGAAGAAGGCCGAGGCAAUUGUCGAUUGUCUCUGUGAGAUGGACCAAUCCUCAAACACAGACGUGGGAAUGAUCUCCGACCAACCUCAAUUCCAGGUGGACAGCCUGGCGCAACUAAGUACGUUGAAGGGAGUGGGCAUUCGCACGGUUGAAAAUAUGCGCAAUGGAGUCUUGAUCUGA